CCUGGUUCUCCUGCACUGGAACCUCACCAAGACGAACGACGGAAUCAUCGCUGCGAUUGAGGCGAAGAAGGGCAGCGGCGCCGAGGCGGGCUGGAUGUCCAUUGGCUGGACGAAGACAGCUACCAAAAUGGUUCCCUCCGACGUGGUGGUCGGAAAUCUCGCGACAGCCGCGCCGAACAAUGUGGUGGCUUACACGAUGACGAGCAAGGUCUACCCGACCGGGAUGCAAACGACAACUGCGGCCAGCGUGGCGCUCUCGGCGACAUCUGUGGAGACCUCUGCCGCUGGCACGCUUGUCAAGUUCACUCGCAAAGGCAAGGGCAUUAAGGCGCCUAUCGCAAACUACAAGGCGGGCGUCAAGAACAUGAUCUGGGCCUUCUCGGACACCCAGGAUUUCACCACGGCUUACCACACCCAGAGUGCCUGCCCUGCCACACUUGGAUUGGAAGUGACACUCCACAGUUCUCCUCGCCUCACCUCCCACCCACCGUUCUCACACACCUUCCAACUUGAACAUCGCCUUAUCGCAUCCAUCUCUCAUCUCGCUUCCAUCAUCAUGGCCUACUCGCGAUUCUCCUUCCUAGCCGCGUCGCUCGCGGUUCUGCUCCUCGCCGCGGCGAGCUGCGCAUUCGCGCGACACCGUCCUGAUGCGGCAAGCACCGCCGCCGUUAAGCCCCCCAAGCCCCUUGCCUGCGCGAAGUCGACUCUCAAGGACUACGCCAAAUCCGUCAAGCUCGCCAAAAGCCUGUUCUUCCACUGGAACAUCACCGAUGCCAAGGACGGAAUCAUCGCAGCGCUAGAGGACAAAAGCGGGUCGGGCUGGAUUUCCGUUGGCUGGACGGGCAGCGUCGGCAAGAUGUUUCCGUCCGACGUGGUCGUGGGGAAUCACGUGUCGCGGUUCACAGGCAACACGAACGACGUGCUGGCGUACUCGUGGAACGGCAAGACCGACAGGGCGUAUUCAAAGGCGGCUGGCGGCUUCACGCUCUCGAAUGUAUCCAUCCUCCGGGGCGUUGGUGGCACGAUUGUCAAGUAA